CUAACCUUAAGCGAGUCACGCGGCACCUCCCUCCCUCAUUUUUUUUUUGUUCUGAAUUCCCAUCCUUCCCUCGAUGUAUGCUCUGAGAGAGUGAGCACUGAGCAGUCCAUCCUCCAUUCGACCAUUCCUCCUCCUCCAUCCUUCUCACGCAGGAGCAGUGGUGCCUUCGUCAUCGCGAGUCCCAACCGCAGCGCUCUUCUCCGUCGCAGCCGUAGCAGAGAGCGCCAGCCGUCGUGAUAAACCGAGCAGCCCUCUCCUCGCCGAGCAAUAGCAGAAGUUCAAGACCUCUCCUGCAACUCAACAAUGUCUUCUUCGGAGAUUUUUGGUUAGAGCACUGAUAUAGUGAUAGUUGUAUCUGAAUCUUUGUUAAUUUGAUGUUGCUGCUCCUAAUCUGUUGUUGAUGGUCCUAAUUUUUAGUUUUCAGUAAAAUUUGUUGUUAUUGCUGGUCCUAAUUUGUUGGGAUUUCUCAUCUACUAUACCUUCUUCGCCGGUGACUCUCUCUUCUCUCUGUGUGUGUGUGUGCUCUAAUUUCUAAGCUGCAAGGUUUGUAUGCAAAUAGCAGAAUAUGGCAGAAGAGGAAUCAAAACCAUUGAACUUCAUACCAGAGGUUAUACUCAAGAAGCGAAAAAGCAACGAAGCAUGGGCUCUUAGGAAAAAGGCUCAAUUAGAGCGCUCCAACUUCCAACCUAACAAGAACAAGGACGCUACCAUAAAAAAGCCCGAGGAUUUUGUUAUUCAAUAUCGCAACAUGGAGCUGGACCUUAUUAGAAUGAAGCGCAGAGUAAAGAGGAAACUUCCACAGCUGAACUCAGACUCCAAGCCCUUAAUUGUCAUUCGGAUUCACGGGAAAAAUGAUAUGCAUCCGAAAACAAGAAAGAAUUUGUACAGCUUGGGGUUGAGAAGAGUAUUCAAUGCUGUCUUUUUGAAGCCAUCAGAUGGAGUGUUAGCCAAGUUGCAGAGGGUGGAACCAUUUGUUACCUAUGGAUACCCAAAUCUUAAGAGCAUAAAGGAGCUAAUCUACAAGAAGGGGCACAUGAAAAUAGAGAAGCGGAAAGUUCCGUUGACAGAUAAUAACAUUGUUGAGCAGGAAUUGGGGAAGUAUGGUAUUGUAUGCAUAGAAGACAUGGUGCAUCAGAUAUAUAAUGUUGGUCCACACUUUAAGGAAGUUAUCCAACUUAUGUGGCCCUUCGAUCUCAACAAACCAGUCGGAGGAUUGACAGGAUCAAAAACCCUUUUCAAGGAUGGUGGAGACUCUGGGAAUCGGGAGGAUGUCAUCAACGAAUUAAUCUCUAAAAUGAAUUAACCUUGAUCAUAUAUAUUGUAUCAAAAUUUUGAUCAUGUUUUUGAUGCCCCUAGGAUCUUGGCUUCAAGGUAUCUCAUUUUCUAGUUACUAUUGAUAUUGAUGUUCUUCAGAUAAAUUAAGAUAUGUUAGUCUUUCUUUUCUUUUGCUCUGUGUUUUGAUUACCAAUUUUUUUGACUUAAAUGGUGUUUAAAUUUUAGAGAAGUAAUAUAUUACUGAUGAUAUUUCAAUGUAUUAGAACAAAUAGAUAAUAUCAAAUGUAGAUUUCAUAA